UUUGUGUUGUCAUUCAAGCUACAUUCGAGGAAUAGUAAMCUAGAAUCAGAUGGUUACUCAAACCGGCACCUCUUGACCAUUAGAUAUCCUAAGACGGUYAAAAUGACUGGACAUAGGUCCUAUUUUAUACCCGCUGUAAGUGAAAAUUUACUGUGUAGAAUCUGCCAUCUUCCAGCUCGUAAUGCUGUUCAAAUCUCAGUAUGUGGACAUCGUUUUUGCGAUUCAUGUUUAAAUACAUCUCUAAGUGAUAUGAGGAGUGGGAGACUGAAAUGUCCAGUGGAUAGUUCAAGUAUCGAUUAUAGUCAGAUUUACGCCGAUGAUGUCUCUAAUCAGAUGAUCAUGUCCCUGACCGUCAUUUGUGACCAAUACCAGGAAGGCUGUAAGUGGAAAGGACAACUCAAAAGACUCAAGGCUCAUCUCGACGACUGUAAGUACGUCUUAGCUGACUGUCCGUAUAUCUGUGGUGAGCGAAUACAAAAACGAAAAAUGAACGAGCAUACACAUCGCGACUGCCCGAAACGUCGAGUAACCUGCUCAAAAUGCCGACGGGAAAUAUCGCACGARCAGCUGAGGUCCCAUGGCUGUACCCAGCGACGACCGAGCUAUGAAGAGAUGGUAACGUGCCCCACAGGGUGUGGUGUGCGAAUGCGUAAGCAAGACAAAUCACAGCAUUUACGUUCUGAGUGUCAGAAUCGRUGGAUAUAUUGUCAGCAUUGUGGAACAGAAGUAGUUUWCAAAGAUAGACAGGAACAUCUGAGUAGAUGUCGUGCUUACAAUGCCCGUCMAACAAGUGCCGCACCACGUGGAGGUACAAAACGGUCACCAAGUACUGUUACUCACAACGCMGUGCGAUUUGAUUUACACAAUGUCCGUAACAGAGAAAGAACUCGCUCCAAUGUCCAAGCUAUUCCAAGUACYUCGGCACCACCUUACCGAUCAGUGUCAUUCCCAGCUUCUCUCAAUCAAAUYGGACGUGRUGAAGGAGAUGUGUUUGGAAGCCAAGCGUUUUAUCGUGGAUCGUCUCGUGAYCACAUGAUGAGUAGGUCGACUGAAGAGCUAGAYUCAGAUGUCUUCACUUGUACRUGUGGGAGGCGUAUAUUAAGAGGACAGAUUACCAGCCACAUGUCCGACGAGUGUCCGCGCAGACUCACAAGGUGUCAGCAUUGUGGAAAUCAAAUCAAGUUUGAAGACAUGCAGACUCAUCAYCAGAUGUGCCCAUCGUUUCCACUUAGUUGUCCGAAUAACUGUGGUGUUGCUCAGAUACCGCGAAGUGAGGUCAGUAGGCAUUUAACAAAUGACUGUCACUCUAAUGUUGUAUCUUGUCCUUUUCAUCACGCGGGAUGUACACAGCAGAUUCCUCAGCGCGGCCUUGAACGACAUUUAAAUGACCACGUCCACAAGCACCUUGAACUCGUGUCUGACCUGGCCAUCAAACAACAAAAACAAAUCGAUUCACUCGAAGAAAUAGUUCAACACUGUAARCCCUACCACAAYAGCAAGCUGAUCUGGAGAAUCGAGAAUUUCUGGGAACGYUUUAAUGAAGGAAAAGAAAAACCAGGCUUUGAGUUGAAAAGCCCAGUGUUAUAUACGUCAAAUUAUGGCUAUAAAUUCAAGAUUGUGUUGUUUCCCUAUGGAAAUGGCAGUGGAGAAGGAACACACUUAUCUCUGUAUGUUCGUCUUUUACCGGGGGAGUACGAUUCGCUUCUUCGUUGGCCUUUCGAGGGAGAAAUUACUCUCACUCUAAUGGAUCAGAGUGAAGACCGCAGGGCUCGUCGGGAUAUCAGCCAAUCGUUUAGCCCAGAUCCAAACUGGAAAAGUUUCCAACGUCCGUCCAAGAAUUCUGCAUCGUUGGGUUUUGGUUAUCCUCAGUUUGUUUCACAUCGUGGAUUAGAGUCAACRGGCUACAUCAAGGACAACAUUCUCUUUCUUAAAGUGACAGUUGAUUGCAAGCAUUCAGCUGAUUCAUAGAAUAUAUGAAUUGCAAAUGAUGUAAAUUGUACUAUUUAAAAAAUUGAGUUCAAAUUAUCAGAAUUGGAGCCAUAGAGUUGAAGCAUAUCAGUGGUGACUAUGAUAGACCUCAUUAAACUUUGAGUGGAUGCAAGCUUUCAUUACUAAUAGAGUAAAAAAGGGUGAAACCGGAAAAGGUGGACCAUCUAUUUUGCCAAAAAAGAACAUGUACAGCUUUGUAUAGCAUAAUCAUUCCUAUUUUGUGCUUCUGUUGAGCAAACAUAAAUAACAAAGACAGACUGACAAUUUCUUGUUGAAUACUAARCACAUUCCRAGACCAAAAUGCAUUGUUAGUCGUGCUAUURCCRUUCAAAUAGAGUUUUCGUGGUUUCARGGUGAYAAUAUCAGUUCCACACAAUCAAAACUUGGAUGGGAAGCAAUAAGUUUGUACUGUCAUUUUAUUUGAUAACACAGCUAACAUGGACUUAAAUUGCMACAAUGCCUUGUGGUCUUUGAAUGAAGUGUAGUAUUCUGAACCCAAUGUUUUCUUAUAGCUGUAAAGACUGAAUUCAUUCAUAUAAGUAUUCAUGUAACUUAAUUAUAUUUCUUUAUCAUGUUCCCAAAAAUAAAGAAUUGAAAAUGA